AUGGCUUCUGUCGGUGCAUUAUUGAUGCUUUUGCCUGUUGCGUGGACAUGCUCUCCACAAAAAGCAGACUACGUUAUGGUGUCAUGCUUCCCCAACGCCAUCAUUGCCAACGUCCCAGAGUGUCCUUACGGCUGGGAGAUUGACCAGCUGUCUCUGGGUGGAGUCUGUUACUCUGGAAUACACAGUCCAGGAUACUACCGCUUCAGCAUCCCUGACCUGACUCCCAAAAACCACUCGUACUGCGGUACGCAGUCUGAGUUCAUGCCCGGCAAAGACCCCAAGUACGUCUUCUACAACUCCAUCGUGUCCAACGACACGUCGCUCACCGUCAGAAACCAGCCGGUCAACUAUACCUUCAGCUGCAUGUACCGGGCGGCCUACCUGGUUAACAACGCCGUGUUCAGCCAAAGAGUGGCUACCGUUUAUGUCAACAACGGGAGUUUAGGCACUUUUAGAUCACAGUUGUCAAUGAAUGUGUUCACGAAUUCAAAGUUCCUGUAUGCUAAGGACUCUCCGUAUGUGAUUGACACUUCUGAGAUCGGCUCUGAAGUCUUCAUCGGCAUCGAGGCAAAAGGACUAAGUAACAGAUUCAAAGUUGUAAUAAACAACGUCUGGGCCACUCCUACUCCUUACUCAACAGACAAGAAGAGGUGGAGUCUCAUCAUUAACAGCUGCUCUUCCGACCACACGGUGACUAUUUUUGAGAACGCCAAAGACAGCCGCUCCAUGUUCAAGUUCAACUCUUUCCGCUUCCAGCGGCUGGAGAAGGUUUCCACCGUCUGGCUUCACUGUGAGGUCCAGAUCUGUGAUGGAGAGAGGCUCAACUGUCUGCCAGGCCCAUGCUCUUCCCGAAGUCUGCCAUCUGAGGCAGAACCAAGCGGAGGGAUCCUCACUACUGAGUUUCACAUUAAAGGUAUCAAUUCCUCCAAUAAUGGACACAUAAAAGGCACUUCACUAUUCAUCCUGCUGCUGGUCCUCAUAAACACAUGUUGGGAUUUAGUAAGUGGAUCAAGAAUGUAGUAAAGACUUCUAUUCAUGUCACACUCCAAUGAAGAGAUAUUCUCGUCAUCUCACAGAUAUUAUAUGUAAUUAGCACAUUUAUUGAUGCUUUGGAUAGUUUUUCUAAAAUGUCACACUACAUUACUUCACUGCUUUCUCCAAUAAAUUAACAUUUUUAAAGAAAUGAUCUUUGUCCCUGUUGUUUUUUAAUUCUGCACAAACCUUUAAAAACUCUUCUGGGAAAAAUAAAUAAAUAAUUUUAUUCAAUCCAGAAAUUAAACUGUCAACAUGACUGUAACACAAAUUAAAUAGCUAAACAUACUUUAAAGGUCCCAUAUUAUAAAAAAGUGAGAUUUUCAUGUUUUUUUUAUUAUAAAGCAGGCUGAAGUCCUAUAUAAAUACUGUGAAAGUAUCGAAACGCUCAAUCCACAGGAAAACACACACAGCACGUAUUCAGAAACGCUGCAUUUGGAACAAGCUGUCAGGAUUUCUGUCCAUUUGUGAUGUCACAAAUGUACAAUAUUUAGACCCUUUACAGAGAUUUAAAUGUAAACAUUCUAAAUGUGUCCCA